CUCGGCAGCCAGGACUCACUCCCGCCCGCGUGCUGCUGCCGGUUCCCCAAAGCGCAGUGGGGCUGCCGGGGCCAUUCUCCCUGCGGCUGCCAGAGCGUGCCGGGAUCACGCACCGGACCUGGCUGGGAGGAGACAGGCGCUGCUUUGCCCAGCCCCUGCAGAGUUCCCAGCAGAGUGGCUGCCCAGGCUUCCUGGUCCUCAGCGCAGCAGUGUCACCCCCGGGCAGGGACACCUGGCCCUGAGCCAUGACGCUGCUCACCCACUUCCUCGCCUGUGCCUUUGGCACGGGCUCCUGGAUGGCCAUCAACGGGCUGUGGGUCGAGCUGCCACUACUGGUGACGGUGCUGCCAGAGCAGUGGGACCUACCCUCCUACAUCACCAUCAUCAUCCAGAUGGCCAACGUGGGGCCGCUCUUCGUCACCCUCAUGCACCGCUUUUGGCCUGGCUUGCUGAAGGAGGUACCCAUGAUCUAUGCGGUGGUGUUUGUGGGCAUUGUGGCCUGCUUGCUCCUGGCCUUCCUCUGGAACUACACGUCCCCCAUUGCCGGGAGGCCCCACAGCACCGCCUUUCUGACCCUCACCUUCUUCCUGGCCCUGGUGGACUGCACCUCCUCUGUCACCUUCCUACCCUUCAUGAUGCAGCUGCAACCUCAGUAUCUGACCACCUUCUUCAUAGGUGAAGGGCUCAGCGGGCUGAUCCCUGCUCUCAUCGCCCUGGGCCAGGGCUCUGGCAUCUCCAGCUGCGCCAACAUCACCCAUGUGGUCAACAUCACCACUGGCAACGAGACCGUGGAGAACACCAUCUUCCACUUGGAGACUCGCUACCUUCCAGCCAACUUCUCCACCUUCUUCUUCUUCCUCCUCAUGACUAUAAUGAUGCUAGCCUGCUUGCUGUCCUUCGUCUUCCUCACCAGGCAGCCCAAGGUGUGGGAGCUCUCGCAGCAGCAGUUGUUUCCCAGCAGCAUCAUGCUGAGCUCCUUUGACCAGAUCCCUGAGGAUGGAGCUGGCUUACGACUGAGCAGAGGCUGCUCGUGCCCGAAGGAUGCCAAGGGGCCUGGGGACAUCCCACCAGAGAAGAUCUCCUACUCUCUGGCCAAGCUCACUUUCAUCUACCUCCUCAUCACUUGGGUGAGCGCUCUGAUGAACGGCGUCCUGCCAUCUGUGCAGUCCUACUCCUGCCUGCCCUAUGGCAACACCGCCUACCACCUCACAGCCACACUCAGUUCCAUGGCCAACCCCCUCGCCUGCGUCGUGGCCAUGGUCCUGCCCAACAGGUCCCUGGCCCUGCUGGGCACCCUCACCAUGGUGGGGACAGGCUUUGGCGCCUACAACAUGGCCAUUGCAGUGAUGAGCCCGUGCCCGCUCCUCCAGCAGUCCCAGUGGGGCGAUGCCAUCAUUGUCCUCUCCUGGGUGCUGUUCACCGGGACGUUCUCCUACGUGAAGGUGAUGGCCGGGGUGAUCCUGCGGAGCCGCAGCCACAGCGCGCUGGUGUGGUACGGGGCGGUGGAGCAGCUGGGCUCCUUCCUCGGGGCCCUGCUCAUGUUCCCCCUCGUCAACAUCUACGGCUUCUUCAAAUCCGCUGACUACUGCAGCCUGCAGUGCCCGGCAUGAGUGGGAUGGUGACCUCUCGACAACCCCUCUUGCCAGAAUUCAUCCCCAAAAACAGUGAGGGCCAGGGGCUGGAAAGCGGUGCUGGGAUGGGGGCAGCUGCGGGCAUGUCUCCCCAUGGGUCCUCAGGUGGGAGGAGCUCUGUGACUUUGUCUCCAGCCUGGGCACAGAGCAUCCCCACCCUGUUCAAAGUAAUAGAAGGUGUUUGCUCAGCCCUUGGACUCCCUGCUGCCCGCGCCCCCCUAUGCUGGCGGGCAGGGAGGGGCUGCCUGUGCCAGUGCCCCCCACCUGGCUACCACUUGGCUGGGGCCACAUCCCGUCCCUUCCCCUGGGGGGUCUGGCGCCGUUUGGCAUCAUGCCCCAUAGGCCCCCUGGGACCCCACGGGUGGGCACAGCCCCAGCUGCGCCCGGUGGCACCGGC